UCAAAGUAGAUUUCACCCUCUGGUUAGUUUAGAUGUGGUGCUAGAACCUUUUUUUUUUUGUACAUUUGUCCACCUGGCAUGACAACAUGAAUUCGCCCUACGCGACUGUGCAGUGCUACCCUGAUUUUACCUUUCACCGACUCCGAGAGCGAAGGGACAGCCCCUUCUUUGCCGCCUCGUCCCACGGUCAAGUCACGCCCACCGCUGAGAUUUUCAACCAGGACGUCUUCAACCAGCUCUUUGACAUGCUGGACCACUCCUCAAUACAUUCACUAUUUGGCGAGAGUCCGCCUCACGUCUCGGCGGGGAACACCAUCCAGAUCAGCAUGGACUGCAUCACCAUGCACGAACCUGACGACGCGCCAGCGUCUCAGUACACCAACCUGGGCCUGUUGAACAGCAUGGAGCAGAACAUCCAGAACGGAGGCUCCACGUCCACCAGCCCGUACAACACGGAUCACGCCCAGAACGGCGUCACGGCGCCGUCACCCUACGCCCAGCCCAGCUCCACCUUUGACGCCCUGUCGCCGUCGCCCGCCAUUCCGUCCAACACCGACUACGCCGGCCCGCACACCUUCGACGUGUCCUUCCAGCAGUCCAGCACGGCCAAGUCGGCAACCUGGACGUACUCCACGGAACUGAAGAAACUGUACUGCCAGAUCGCCAAGACGUGUCCCAUCCAGAUCAAAGUUCUGACCACCCCACCGCAGGGCGCCGUCAUCCGCGCCAUGCCCGUCUACAAGAAGGCGGAACACGUGACCGAGGUGGUCAAGCGAUGCCCCAACCACGAGCUCAGCCGCGAGUUCAACGACGGUCAGAUUGCACCUCCGAGUCACCUGAUCCGCGUCGAGGGUAAUAGCCACGCCCAGUAUGUGGAGGAUUCCAUCACCGGGAGGCAGAGCGUACUGGUGCCCUACGAGCCGCCUCAGGUGGGUACGGAAUUCACCACCAUCUUGUACAACUUCAUGUGCAACUCCAGCUGCGUGGGCGGCAUGAACCGGCGACCAAUUCUCAUCAUCGUCACGCUGGAGACCAGAGACGGCCAGGUUCUGGGCCGCCGCUGUUUCGAGGCACGCAUCUGCGCCUGUCCGGGCCGCGACCGCAAGGCGGACGAGGACAGCAUACGCAAGCAGCACAUCACGGACGCCACAAAGAGCAGUGAGGGUACGAAGCGCCCCUUCCGCCAGGUGUCUCACGGCAUCCAAAUGUCGGCCAUCAAGAAGAGAAGAUCUACGGACGAGGAGGUGUUUUGUUUGCCCAUAAAAGGACGCGAAAUCUACGACAUUCUGGUGAAGAUUAAAGAGUCCCUGGAGCUGAUGCAGUUUUUGCCACAGCAUACGAUCGAGUCGUACCGACAGCAGCAGCAGAACCUCCUACAGAAACAUGUGAUCAAAACGCGUCUCGGCAGUCAGCUGCUGGAUCCUGCCGGGGACGCCAGGUGGCGCUGCACCUCCCCUUGAGCCUUCCUCAUUCCUCCUCCUCCUCCCUCCACUUUUCACUCCUUUUUCCAGACUUUUCUGUCUUCAGUGGACUCUUUCGAUGAGUUUGCAUGUGUUUCGCGUGUGUGUGUUUUUUUUUUUUUUGCCAGAGCUGGACUCAUUCAUGUUAUGGUGUGGCUGGGUGUAAGGGGUUUUAAUAUUCUGAUCAUCACAUUAAUAUUUGUUAUGACAAAAUGCUGGUCAUGUUUUGUAAAGUCACUGCAGGACAGUUUGGGGAAACAAGCAAAUGUUUUUCUUCUGUUUGAAACAGAUUCUUUACUUCUUGUGGCGAAUGCUAAUAAAGUUGCUUUUUUGUUUGUUUGUUUGUUUGUUUGUUUGGGUUAUUAUGGUGUUCUUUUUUGUUGUUGUUGGUUUUCCUUUUUUUUUUUUUAACUGCAAUUUAUGUUGAAAAGUUUUUUCAACAUAUAAAAAAAGGGGAUCGGGGAAUUGAGAAAAUGACGCCAAAAAGGAAGAUGUAUACGCUUACAAACUUCCAAGAACCCCUCACCCCUAAAAAGUUGCCAAAUUUUGUCUCUGUGGGGAAAAAAAAGUUUUUUGAUUCCAUAUUGAUUUUUUAAAAAUGUAUCUGCCAUUUUAUUGGUUAUCAGAAUUAUAUUCCACCAAAUGUU